AUGGCUUCCAAUACGGCAUCUUCCAGCGCCGCCGCCGCCGGAUCCGCAGAUUCUUCCCGGAGAAAUUCCAAGCGACCCAAGUAUUCAAAAUUUACACAGCAGGAGCUUCCAGCUUGCAAGCCAAUUCUUACUCCUGGUUGGGUGAUUUUGACAUUUUUGAUCGUUAGUGUUAUCUUCAUUCCACUUGGAGUUGUUUCUCUUUUCGCUUCUCAAGAUGUUGUUGAGAUCGUUGAUCGGUAUGAUAAUGAGUGCAUACCGCUGUCUGCUAGGGCUAAUAAAGUUGCAUACAUUCAAGGAGCUGGAGAUAAAUCUUGUAUCCGGACGCUAAAUAUUACUAAGCGUAUGAAGCAGCCUAUCUACGUUUAUUACCAGCUCGAGAACUUCUACCAGAAUCACCGCAGGUAUGUGAAAAGCCGAAGUGAUUCGCAAUUGAGAAGUGUGAACAAUGAGAAUCAAAUAGGCGCAUGCAAGCCUGAGGAUGAUGUUGGUGGGCAACCAAUUGUGCCUUGUGGCCUAAUUGCUUGGAGUCUCUUUAACGACACAUACACUUUAUCAAGAAACAGCCAGCAUUUAGCUGUAAACAAGAAAGGAAUUGCUUGGGAUAGUGACAAGGAUCACAAGUUUGGGAAAAAUGUAUUUCCCAAGAACUUUCAGAAGGGUAAUCUCACUGGUGGUGCCAGACUAAAUCCAAAUAUAUCGCUGAGUGAGCAAGAGGAUCUGAUCGUGUGGAUGAGGACUGCGGCUUUGCCAACAUUUAGAAAACUAUACGGAAAGAUAGAGAGUGACCUGGAGGUUGGUGAGACCAUACAAGUGACUCUGCAGAACAACUACAACACAUACAGUUUCAGUGGGAAAAAGAAGCUUGUUUUGUCAACAACUAGUUGGCUUGGUGGAAAGAACGAUUUCCUCGGUAUUGCUUACCUCACAGUUGGAGGAAUCUGUUUCUUCUUGGCACUUGCAUUUACUGUCAUGUAUCUUGUGAAACCAAGGCGACUUGGAGAUCCUACCUACUUGUCGUGGAACAGAAUUCCUGGAGGUAGGUAA